AUGAAAAAUCUUAUAUUCUCCGGACGAGGAUUUAGACACUUUCAGGCCCUUUCCUGUCUCGAUUUUCCGCUCGAAGGGGUGGAGACGACUUAUCCAAAGAAUCCUGACUACCGUUGCUAUGCGAUUGCGAGGUCCAACCUCCGCUCGAGCGACGCCUUGAGUGUCGUUCUCCGGAUUCCUGCAAACCUGCCAAAUAUGACGAAGAAGAUGGCCGUUCAGCGCGUUUGGGUUUGGAAAGUUGGCAAUUGGCUUGGAUGGCGAUCCUUGUCGACUGCCAAUGCCAACGAGAUACUCACGUAUUGCAACAUCAUUUGGAUGAAGGGGUGA